GUUUCUCACUCUUCAUUCUCAUUUCCCAGUUCAGACAAGCCGGACGUGUUUUCACACACUGCUCGGUGCUCGCCAUAACAGCAUAAGAGCACAUUUUUUAACCCUUGACAAAGUUUGUAAAAACUGAUUUUUUCGCCCAUAAAGCGAGCCGUAUAUCCGAAAAAGUGCUGUUCAAAGUGACCGCGGCAUAAUGUCUGACCGUUACUCUCAAGGGCGCUACCGUGCGCGUGGUUACACAGAAGUGGGGUCGCCCCACGAAGGCCGUGGAAGUCCUUCUUCUCGCCCAGCCUACAGUUCGCGCGAUGAAGGUCGAUCGAGGGAACCGAGAGAACACCACCGUGAAUCAUCGGCAGGUGGCCGUGAACGGUCCGGAAACGGUAAUGGAGGAGAUCGUCCUGGUGGUGAACGCGGCGAACGACGCCAACGCAGUCGCCGUGGCGUUGGAGAUACGCUCCGUACCCGUGCUCUGGAUGCUCCAUCGAAGCAUGGUACCACGGGUCAGGCUCUCCAGCUGAACAGUAACUAUUUCAAACUGUUGAAACACAUCGAGUGGACUCUGUACCAGUAUCGGUUGGACUUCUCCCCGCAAUGCGCCAGCAUGCGUCUCAUGCAGGGAUUGGUCAACGAACACAAGAAAAUCUUCGGAGGAUUCCUGUUUGACGGAACUCAACUGUUCAUGGUCAACAAAUUGAGAAGCGAUCAACUGACAUUGCAAUCCAGACACGAACGUACUGGAGAUGUCUACCAGCUGCGCAUUGUCCAUACGGGCUCCGUGGAUAUGACCAACGAAGCCGGUAUCCAAGUGCUGAAUUUGAUUUUGCGUCGCGCUAUGGCGGGUUUGAAUCUUCAGCUGGUCGGUCGUAACUUGUACGACGCGGCUGCCAAGAUCGCCAUUCGUGAGUAUCAAAUCGAACUCUGGCCAGGUUACAUUACCAGUAUUCGUCAACAUGAACAGGACAUUCUGGUGUGUUGCGAAAUUGCACAUAAAACUAUGCGUAUGCAGACAUGCUACGACAUCUUGCGCGAUUGUCAGAAGCACGAUCGUAACUACAAGGAUUCGUUCAAACGUGCCGUACUUGGUGUCGUUGUACUGACCGGUUACAACAAUAAAACCUAUACCAUUCACGACGUCACGUUUGAAACCACUCCGGAGAGUACGUUCGAUACCAAGGCCGGUAAAACGUCCUUCAUUGAGUAUUACAAACAGAAGUACAACAUUCGCAUUCGUGAUCCACAUCAGCCUAUGUUGCUGUCGCGAGCCAAGAAACGCGAUCUGCGCGCUGGAGGCAGCGAACUCAUGGCCCUUGUUCCAGAACUGUGCCAGAUGACGGGUUUGACCGAUCAAAUGAGAUCUGAUUUCAGAAUGAUGCGUGCCAUGGCCGAUCACACUCGUCUCAACCCGGAUCGACGUAUUGAACGAUUGGAGACGUUCAACCGUCGGUUGCAAACGUCGCCAGAGAGUAUGGAAGUCUUCAAGACCUGGCAGAUGGAGCUUGACCGACGUCUAAUCGAUCUUCCUGGACGAUUGUUACCACAGGAAAUGAUCUUCUUCUCGACCACAGCCAAUGGCGUACAGGCUGGAGAACAGGCAGAUUGGACGGCCCAUUUCCGUAACAAUCCCAUGUUCGCUACGGUGCGGUUGACGCGAUGGUAUUUGAUCGUACCGAACCGGGCUUCACGUGAGGCCAACGAUUUCCUGGGCUGCAUGAUUCAAGCCGCACGCGGUAUGCGAUUUGAGAUUAGUAACUGUGAGGUGGUCACCAUUCCGGACGACAACCCAGGUACCUAUGUGCGAACAUUGGACAAUCUGCUGAAUAAGGACCCGCAGUUGGUGAUGUGCGUCGUGACCAACAAUAAGGCCGAUCGGUACACCGCCAUCAAGAAGAAAUGUUGCGUUGAUCGUGCCAUCCCAACGCAAGUCAUGGUACAAAAAACGAUCACACCAAAGGGUGGUAAUGUACGAACACUCAUGUCCGUGGCUACAAAGGUUGUCAUCCAAAUGAACUGCAAACUGGGCGGUGUUCCAUGGAAGGUCAAGAUCCCACUCAACGGUUUGAUGACCAUUGGGUUCGACGUUUGCCAUGAUGGAAAGGACAAGUCCAAAUCUUUCGGAGCCAUGGUUGCCACGUUAGAUCACGAUAACAAGGGUACUCCGAAAUUCUUCUCGACUGUGAGUCAGCACACGCAUGGUGAAGAAAUUUCCAAUUAUCUGCCCAUCAAUACGGUCAAGGCAUUGAACGAAUAUCGUAAGGAAUUCGGAGAGCUGCCCAAACGUAUCAUCUUCUACCGAGACGGUGUCGGCGAGGGUCAACUUCACUACGUGUACGAGCAUGAAGUUAAAUCCAUCGUUGAGAAGCUGAACCAGAUCUACAAAUCCGCUGGAAUCGAUCAGGAUGUGUUGCUCACCUUCUUCAUUGUGAACAAACGAAUCAACACACGCUUCUUCGAUCAUCGUCAGAAUCCCAGACCCGGAACAGUGGUCGAUGAUGUCGUCACCCUACCAGAAAGAACUGAUUUCUACCUUGUGUCGCAAUCGGUCCGUCAAGGUACGGUUUCGCCUACGGCGUACAACGUUAUCUACGAUACAUCAGGCCUGAAGAUCGAUCACCUGCAGAUGCUGUCGUACAAGCAGUGCCACUUGUACUACAACUGGUCCGGAACGACUCGUGUCCCCGCGGUAUGCCAGUAUGCACACAAGCUGUCCUUCCUGGUGGCGCAGUUCCUUCACCAGGCACCGAGCAAUCUGCUUGAAAAGAAGCUGUACUUCUUGUAAACAGCUGGAAAAAGAUUUGCAUGCCGAAAAUGAUCGCGGUUCUAGCUCAUAAGUAUUGCAGUUACUUUUUAUUAGUUAGGUAUACACGUUCUUUCCAACCAGAGAGAUAAUUUUUACAUUUUGACACGUUCCCGCAGCUGUGAAUUUUUUAAACAGUUGUCAACGACCUCAGAUCAAGAUUGAAAAAAUGAAAAAAGAUAGUAAUUUGUAUAACUUGCGCAUCUUCUUAAUCGAUGUUAAAGAAAUCCCCGCCCAGUAAUUUCUAAUUUUCCGAAAAAAAAAUGUGUUACAACUGCAGAACGUAUAUAUCACAAAUAACUAAUAUAAACAUUACCUAUAGCAUGCUUACUCACAAAGUAAUUUUAAUCGUGUGUCACUAAAAAUUGAAUAAACGUUCGAUGACAAAUAAAUGAAA